AUGCUUGACCCAGGCUCAAUCAUCGCCCUCACCCAAAUCACAUACGAAGGCGCCAAACGAGCAGUCGACCUAGUCCUCACAGCCAUACACUUCCCCAAAGAGUGUGAAGAGCUAUUUGUGCAGCUGAAGCUCGAGCAGUUUCGUCUGCAGUGCUGGGGUCGAAGUGCGGGGUUAGAGCAAGGCAGACUGAUCGAGGCUCUACACCCGAUAUUUCCAGAGAUACGAAAUGCGCUUGACUGUAUAAGCGCUCUCUUCCAAGACUUGAAUAAGUUGCAAGCCAAGUUUGGCAUCGUGUCGACGUCUGUGGAGGAUGUAGGCCAGCGGCAAAAGGAAUUGGCGUACAAGUGGAAUGAAGAACUUCACAAGCAGGGCCUGGCACUUUCUGGGAAACAGGCGGAGGAUGGGGCGCCGUCGUUGAUCUCAAAAGAACAGAAGGCCUUUUUCCCGGCUGGGACAUUCAAGGUCAAUUUACCAGCUCGGCUGCGAUGGGCAUUGGGUAACAAGUCUAAGUUUCGCGACUGCGUAGCUGAGCUGGAGAGAUACACGAACAAACUGAACCAGCUCUUACCAGAGCGCCAGAGUCUUCAGUACAAACAAGACUGGACAAGAGUCAACAUCAUAAUCGUUGGGAAGGCAGAUGACGAAAACACUGUCUCCCUCCUACGAAACGCCCUUGAGGGAAGUCCAGCGAUGGAAUCAUCACUCCGCGGGCUGGUGGACAGGAAGUCAGUUGCUGCAGCUCCGAGUACGACAAACUUCCUCCGAGGCAACCCCCAGCUAAACAUGGGAGAUUUCUCCAUAGGUUUGGGGUUGCUGGACAUGGACAGGUUCGUCACGACAAGGAAGACGACCGAUGAGCUGGUCAUGUUCGAGAAAAAGUCGUGGGAUGAUGAACGCUCCAUGGCCAACCGCUCGAAGCUACAAAUGCGACUUGGCCGACUCGUUGCAAUGCUUCAGCCAGGCAGAAGUGACUGCAUCUUAAAAGCUGUAGGCUUUGCAGAAGAUGAAGUUAAUAAAUGCUGGUGGAUCGUAUAUCAGCUGCCCUCACACACAUGGCCUAAUCCCAACAUUCGUCCUAUGACACUUCACGGGCGGUUGGGCCGUCAAUCUUUCCAUCUAGCCCCACUCGAAGUUCGAAUGAAAAUCGCCUUCUCCCUUGCAUCUGCGUACUCGGAGCUCUUUAGCAGUGGCUGGGUUCACAAGGCUAUCAGCAGCCACAGCAUAGUAUACUUUGGUCCUCAUAACGAUCUGCUACGUCCUUCAGUCGUUGGUUUUGAGUUUUCUCGUCAAGACACUGAAGAGUCCAACAUCGAUGCCGCCAAGACGCCAGCACAAGUCGAACGAAGCAUUUACCGGCAUCCUGAUUAUAUCGGUAGCGAGGCAAAGAGAUACAUGACUCAGUAUGACAUUUACUCACUCGGGCUCGUGCUAAUAGAGAUUGCGUUCUGGCAGCCACUCAAGGAUGUCUGUCCAUAUGCCAAGGGCAACACCUUCGGGAAAGAGGAGGCGAAGAAUGUACAGAAGUGGGCAGCACAAGUCGCAGAUACCCAAUUUGCAUUUAGAGUUGGUACUGCGUAUGCGAAUGCUGUGAGCUGGUGUCUCAAGAGCGGUGCGACAGUGAGCAAAAGUCAGGAGGAUUGGCAUCCAGCGCUGGCGUUCAAUGAUCAUGUAGUUGUUCCACUUUCAAGAACAUAA